AUGUCUUACACUUACGGAGCCGAAACGACGGCGGAGGAACUGGUCAGCCGCCUUGGCGACCAAAUCAAGGGCAAGGUAAUUUUGACGACCGGUGUGUCCCCCGGCAGUCUGGGUGCGGUCUUCCUCGACAGCAUCGCUAGCGCAAAACCUGGGCUUUUGAUUCUGGCUAGCCGCAACCUCAGCAAGGUGCAAAAGACGGCCGAUGCGCUGGCCUCUACUCACCCCAGCGUCCAGACACGCCCCCUCCAGCUGGACCUUGGCUCUUUCGCCGCCGUCCGCGAGUCUGCUGCUGUAGUCAACGGCUGGGACGAUGUUCCCAAAAUCGACGUUCUCGUCAACAAUGCCGGAAUCAUGGGGGUCGACUUCACCCUCACCCCGGAUGGGCAUGAGUCGACUUUUGCAACGAACCACCUGGGCCCGUUCCUGUUCACCAAUCUCAUAAUGGGCAAGCUGCUUGCAGCUGAGAAACCCAGAGUCAUCAAUAUUAGCAGCGAUGGUCACCGCCUGAAUCCCAUCCGCUGGGGCGACUACAACUUUCAUAACGGAGAGACCUACAAUAAAUGGUUUGCCUAUGGGCAGUCUAAGACUGCCAACAUGCUGAUGGCUAUUUCCCUGGCUCAAAAGCUGGGGCCCAAGCUGCUGGCCUUUAGCCUGCACCCCGGCACAAUCAUGACCAACCUGACAACCCAUCUAGUCUCGGAGGACGGCUGGCUAGAAGUCGUUCGCGCAUCCGACAAAGUACUCGGCAAUUCUGAUGGCUGGAAAGACUAUAGCUGGAAGACGGAGCAGCAGGGCGCCGCGACACACGUGUUCGCGUCAUUUGACACCAGCAUAUCAGAAAACAACGGUGCAUACUUGGACGACUGCCACGUGGCGGACCCGUGGACGCAGACGGUGAGGCCUUGGGGCACCAGCCCCAUCGAGGCGGAGAGGCUGUGGAAGUUGAGUGAACAGCUGGUCGGGCAGUCAUUUGACUACUGA